AUGAAGAGUAAACGAACUAGUAAUUCAAAGGAUUUAAAUGAUGAAGUCGGUGAGGAAUCCGACACAGACCUCCCAGUGGCCCUCAGUUUUACACAACAAGCUAAACAACGCGAGUUACAUCAAAAGCAGAUCAACAAAGCCAUUAUUGAAUCACGUCUAAAAAGAAAGGCGAUUCGCAAGGCUAAACACAAUAAACAAAAACAAACAGUUCGUCAUUCAAAGGAUGAAGAGGUUGAUGACGAAGUUCAAUUUUCACCACCGAAUGAACAGCAAAAGUUAAAGGAAAAGGAUCCGUUAGAAGAAGAAUUUAACCUCCCAGGACAUUUCACAGCAUCAGAUCACCUUCAUUGUGAAGAGGCAGAUGAUGAUGAUAUCACUGAGGAUAAAUCAGUGUAUGGCAAUGAAUCCGAUGAAGGAUACGACGGUAGUGAAGAACAAGAUAGACGUAAACCUAAAUCAAUUCUGUUUGAUGAUAUCGACUCUUCUACUGUUGUUGAUGCUGAUGAUGAACAAAAUUCUAAAAAUUCUGAUUUAACCUCAUGGGAUCACAAAACUUGGAAGAAGAUCAAUCGAUUGAAUGGGAUUCAUGUUCGUAUAUUAGACAGUGCAAAUAUUGAAAGGACAGCUCGUCAGACAUGUAAUAGUUUCAGACAGAAUCAUUUAUUUUCUUCUUCAUAUUCUGGAAGAUAUGGAGAUGUAAAAAGAAUUGCACCAAAUACACUGAGAAAUUUGUCAAGGAAAAAGAAAGCAUUAGCUUCAGGACGAUAG